UCCCAUCAUCUGUUUCUACUCAAGACCAGGUAAACAUCAACAAUCAAAACCCAGCAUGGCGUCACCCACCGAAACCAAAACCCUCACAGCUGCCUGCCACUGUCGCAAUGUCCACUUCACCAUCACGAUACCCAGGGCCAACUUACCCCUGGACAUCCAUCUAUGCCACUGCAGCCUAUGCCGCUAUACCCACGGUACCUUCUGCACCUUCCAUGCCAAUCUUCCCGAGGGUGUGGAGCCCGAGUUCAUCGCGCCGUCCAGCAUGAGCAAUCUCACUCCCUACACCCACCCCCAGGGCCAUUCAAUUGGGUAUUUUUGCUCAACAUGCGGCUGUAACAUCGGCGAUCGGGACUCGGUCUGGGUCAUUUCCUCCGCUAUAUUCGAUGCCAAUCGUGACGACGCAGUCUGGAAGAUAAACGAACACAUCUUCGCCUCGUCUGCCCCUUCGGGCGACCUUGCUAGAUUGCUCCCGCGUGUUGGGGGCCAUCAGCUCCAUGUCUCCCAUGACCCAGAUAGUAUCCCGUCAAAGGAGCAAGUGAGCGCAAGCGACGCUGAGAAUGAUGUCCUGCGCGCAGAAUGCCACUGCGGCGGUGUCUCCUUCGACAUCGCUCGCCCAAGCAAAGAGUUCACUGAAGAUCCCGCAAACAGCGACUGGGUUCCGCCGGGAGAGGAGCAGAAGUGGCGUGCCGUGAUCGAAGUAUGCGACGACUGUCGGCUCGUCAACGGGGCCAAUCUCGCAGGGUGGGUUUUUGUACCUACUGAUCACAUGUCCCCUCGUCCGGGGGAUGAUCUGGUCCUCGGGACAUCAAAGACCUAUCAGUCUAGCGAGGGGGUGCUCCGGUCUUUUUGUGGUCGAUGCGGCGCGACGGUGUUUUAUGGUUGCGUUGAUCGGCCGCAUAUCUUGGAUGUGUCUGUUGGGAUUCUGCGCGCGCCGGAGGGUGUCAUGGCGACGACAUGGGCUUUUUGGAUAAUGGCGAAUAUUGGGCGGGAAGAUGGGCGGCGUUAUGAUGCUGAGUUUACGAAGGCGUUGAUUGAGGGGGUGGAUCAUUGGGUGGGGAAGAACGGCCAGACGACAGUGGACAAGGUUGAGAACUGAUGAAGCGAUAUAUUGGCUUGAUAGCAUCGUUGUCGUUCCAUUUGUGCUAUUAUUGAUGAGUCGCAAUGCCAUGCUCAUAGCCUACUAGUGGAAAUUCCAGAUAGACAAAUUAAGCUA